AUGGCGCAUAUGUUUGAAGGGGCUAAAAACGUAAUUAUACAGGGUGGCGAGUUUGUAGCUAAGACGGUUCAGCAUGGUCCACAAACAACCAACGUUUUCAACAUCACUUUUUUUCCGCGCCUUCAAAACGAGCGUCUGAGAGACGCCGCCGUCAGCCGGCCCAAACAAAAUCAUACCUCUCGUUCCGGUCCAAUAUUUCCUGAACCACUUGUCGAUGUAUACGGUCGUGAUGAACUGGUCGAUGAACUGGUUGUAAACGGAAUCCUGGCCCAAUUCAAGUCAAAAUCCGAAUCUAGAAAACAUAUACCCAUCAAAGGUGGCCAUGGUUUAGGGAAAACAACGCUCGCAAACAAAAUUAUUCAUGACUCCCGCAUUGUUGACUUUUUCGGCGACGCAAGGCACUGGGUGAGCUGUCAAAAAGCAUCAAGUAUCGAACACAACCUCAAGGGUCAAACAUUACUGGAGUACACGUCAAAAAGCCUGAAUUUGGAUCUUUCAGCUUCAAAUAACCGCCUAAACGACAUCGAGUACUUCCUGAAGAGGAACUGCAUACCCCGCAUCAUCGUAUUCGACAAUUUUGAAACUAUGUGGGGGCCCGUGGAGGCAGGAGAAGACGUUGCCAAUAUUAUAAAGGUUUUAGCCCGCUACACGCAGCUCCUUAUCAUUAUCACCACACGGUUUGCUUACCCCCCUGCUGUCCACUUGGGAGUCUCGUGGCUACCAUUCGAUACACUGCAGCCACUAUCAUCCGAGGCAGCUAGAGAUUUAUUCCAGUCCAAGUGUCCAAAGAACGCCAUCGAUGACAGCUUGGAUGAGCUGCUUGCAGCUAUCAACUAUCUACCUCUACCCAUUGUUCUUAUGGCUAGUUUGGCACAGGAAUCGUAUACCACCUCUAGGAUUUUGCAAAGGUGGAGGAACGGACAGCAAAGCGUAAACCCUGCCAGGAAGUUACUUCUAGGAGGUGACCGAGUAAAAAAAGGCCUUGCCACUUCGAUCGAAAUGUCGCUCGAAGGUCCCCUGCUGAAACAUCACCCCGCAGCGAUCGCACUCCUACGGAUAAUCGCAUGUCUGCCUGGGGGGAUAAGAAUAAAAAAUAUUCGAGAAAUAGCUCCUGGAAUCCCGAAUGUGGAUGACGUUGAAGAUGUUCUCCGACAAACUUACUUGUUACACGAAGAAAACGCCCCCACAGGAAAACCGGAUGACCGAGUUCUGCAAAUGCACUCCACUGUACGCAAGCAUAUGGUAGAGAAUUACCCCCUCAAUGCACAGCACGAAGUGAACAUUAGGGCGUUUUACUUCCAACUUAUCUGCGCUGCAGGAAAUGACCCCGGAAACCCGAAUUUCCUGGAGUGUGCUGAGCGCUUAUCGAAUGAAUAUACCAAUGCAGAGAGUGUUCUUUUUGGGAUGCUAAACGAAGAUGCGGAAGAAAGGGAUUUCGAUACAGCAGUCGAAAUUGGUUUGAGAUACUGUAAUUAUCUCAUAUGGAAUACGCCGAAGACAGAGAUUGCACAGAAGAUAGUCGAUCUCAUGCAAAAACGGCAGGAUCAUCGUGGCCGUGGAGAUUUGGGGAUGCCAGUGAAGCCAGUGAUGCGUGAGAGUUUGGAGGUCACAUCUCUUGAACCAGACGCGAAUCCCAAGGCAGACAAAGAAAUCAUACAACAUCCCAUGUAUCCACUUGCGUUGCUUCGUCUGGGAGUAUUGCACUGUCGACUGGACCACUACACAGAGGCGGAGAACGCGCUACAGGAGGCAUUGAGGAGUUGCGAUCCUUUAAAGCUACCAGAUUGGACUGCCGAGAUUGAAAGUGAACUGGCACAAAUUUAUCGCAUCCAUCGAGCUAAUCACAAGGCAGCAAUAGCCCUCUAUCGCAGCGCACAGAGCCACUCUGGAAUCGAGCCACGCAGACGAAUAGCAAUCCAGCGCGGGCUGGCAAUCGUGCAUUUUGAGCAGAAUGAUUUCGAUGAAGCAUUGAAUGAACUGAACAAAAUCAAGUAUAUCUGCUCGGCCAACGACGUACCCUCAUGCGAGGCGGAUUACAAACGGGAAUUGGGGAGAAUACUCAGAAAUCGCGACCCGGCACAGGCAAUCCUGCUCUUGUCAGACGCAGCAGAAUAUUAUAAAAAACAUGGCCCACUCAGAGAGGCGGCGAUUUCGAUUUACCAGAAAUCCAUUGCGCAUCACAUGCAAGGCGAAUUCGAUGAAGCUGAAAAAGGCAUAAUGGAAGCAUUUGAGAGUUUUCGAACGUUAAGGAACGACGCACAGAUGGGAUAUUGUAUAUACCAACUCGCCUUAACAAAUGCAAAACGCUGGAGGGCGGGCCGCGCAUUGGCACUGUUCUGCCGCGCAGAGUCAAUGUUUGCGCAUAUGGACAACAAUUUGAUGGAAGGAUUGUGUUUGAAGCAAGAAAGUAGGAUCCAUUACUGCCUUUUACGCUUUAACAAGGGUAAAGAAGCGUAUAAUAGAGCAAUUUCUCUGCUCAGCAAGCUGUCAUCAAAAGAAGCAGAGAGAUCUGUGAAAGACUUACAAUCCAUGCAAAUUGCUAUCCAGCGGUAUCAACGGUGCCAGCGGCCAUCUAUCAAAGUUCAAUAA